AUGAUCAUUACCGAUCAGAGAGAGAGAAAAACCCGGCCGUCCAAGGGACCGAGAAACUGGUUAGUAGGUGAUCAUGGCAACAGGGGAGAGAAGGAUAAAGAAAGCCAAGAAGUAGAAAGACUUGACAAGGAUGAGGAAAAAGAUGAAGGCAGUGCCAGUGGUGAUGCAAGUGCUGGAUCCUGGAUUUUUUCGGGACUUAAGGUAGGCGCGGCCCUUAAGGUUGGUGCCUUGCUUGGGGUGACGACCCUUGGUGCCGCUGCUCUUGGAGCAGUAGCUAUUGGUGCCUAUGGGGCAAUGAAGCUUGCACAGCAGAUUGAUAAGCCAGACUCGGAAGGGGAGGACUGUGGAGAGGAGGUUAAGGAAGAUGAUGAACAGAAAGAAGAUACAGUGGAUUCUCUGCCUUCUCCCAAACCGGUAUCAUCAGAUGAUGGUUCUGAAACCAAGAAAGGGGGCUCGAAGAACUUGGUGGACGAGCUUAAUCGGUACUACCGCUCUCGCAUCAGUACUUCUUCGGCAAAGCUGAUAACCAUCCGGGAUCUUGUGGAGAAGGCAAGACAACCUGUAAGCGCCUGCUUGGUCAAGAAUCUUGGAAGCCUCAUCCAGGGGGAGCUAACACCUUCAGCUUUUGACAGGCUGAUCACUAAGCAACAGGAUGAACGCACUCUGUUGCUUCCGCUUGCCGUGGACCCCCAGAUGUGGGAGUUCUCUGACGCCGGUGAGAGCGCUCUUGAGAUGCCGGGCAGCUUCUGCAUUCACCGUGUGAAUCUGGAUACCUUCAGCAUUGGUAGCAGCCCUUGGGAUCCUUUGCUGAGUGGAAGCUACCUGAAUCCGGAGCUGCUGCAUAUGUUCCUCAUGGAAGAGAUGCAGCGUUAUCUGCAAGAAGAGCAGGUGCUUGGAUUGGAUUAUGACAUCAAGUGGAAUGAGGGAUGCAUCGAACUGAGUAUUGAAAAUCCUGUCAAGGGUUACGCAGACAUGCUCUGCGUCAACAUCGUCCCCUGUGUGAAGAUUGAGAAAGGUGGAAAGCAGAUCACCAUUGUUCCUCAGAAGGGAUCCUCAUGCCAGGAGCCAGCAGCCUUAUCCAGCAUCCCACCAGAGAAUCUCUGGCAUCGCUCUUUGGAAGAGGAGGCAGUGCUUGAGAUGGAGCGCCUGGAUUCAGAUGGUGGAUGUCGUGAGAAGUGUGUGCUGCUCCUUGGGUCUGUGCUGGCUGCUCAGCCUUUGAUGAAGAUGCUCUCCCUGUAUCACAUAAUCACCAUUCUCCUGAAGAUCUGUGAGGAGGAGACGGAAUGGGAUGAGGAGAUGCUUGCUGAGAGGUUCUUGGACCUCCUGAAGGCCAUGGAGAGUUACCUGAGAGCUGGCAGCCUGAGGGAUCAUUUCAUUGACAAAGUUGAUCUUCUUGCUGAGUGUUCCCCGGCAGAAAUCUCAGCAUCUCUGAAGUGGUUGGACCACAUGUUGGCAUCAAAUGACCGUAUGCCCGAUUUGCUCUUCAAUUUGCUUUCGAAAGUUACCAAGCACUAAUUUUGGGGCCUGCACUAUUGAUAAGGAAUUUAUUCAGCAUAUUUGUGUAAAAUUUGUGUCCAUAGCAUAGAACCUGCAAAAUCUUAAUCGAGGGGCACAUAGCGCCCGAGGCAAAGCCGAGGAUGUUUUGCACCCCGAGGGGGUUACAAAUGGCAUAUAUACCACAGCAGUCAACAAUGGUUUUGUUAUAUCGUGCCAAUAGGUCAAAAAGAUAAAUGAUUGUAACUUACUGUGUAAGAAAAUAAACCACUUUUGAUAACUGAAAGUUUUGAUGUCCUGUCGGACAUGAGACUGAGCGAUUGACGUUGCGGUUUUCAUUGCGCGAAGCUAGCUCGCCGGCAGGUUCCAUACGAGCACGCAACGCAUGCAAAGAACACAGUCCGAUAUCGCUGAUCUCCCCGUAAGUGUGGGACGUGCGUUUUUAUAGACCAGAGAGGUGGCUGUUAUACAUGUAGACCAAUGAAACUACAUGUACAGUAUCCAUACACAAGAUAUAACAAAAUUAAUUGUUGACUGCUGUGAUGUGGCUUUUAUAACACCUGAGGGGCGCAUAGCUCCCAAAUCGAAGUUGGACGGGACACUUCGUGUUCAUACGGGACUGGUUUGUGCGCAAAGUACGCACAACUUAUUCAUCUUGAUGUGCACAAAGCUAAGCCAAUACACCACGAUUUUUCAAGAAUAUGGACGGACUGUUGAAGAAUAUCGACAGUAUUACUAAGGAUAAUGACGCUAAUGCCACGGUUGUCUGCGAUUGGGCCACAGAUGACAAAGGUUCUCUUAAGAAUAAAGCAUACAUAUUCAUAGUACAACGUAAGCAGAAUCCUAGCAUAUCCGGGCAUAGCUCUACUGAGUGGAGCACUGGAACUAUGUUACAGAGGGUACCAAAGUUCAAGCGUUGCACUCAGUAGAGCUAAUCUGGGCAUAUCCUUAGGACAUUCGUAGCGAAUUCGUAGAGAUUUCUACCACAAAUGAGCUUGAAUCUCUAAGAAUAUGUACGAAUCGCCACGAAUAAUACUACGAAUUAGUACGGUUGUCCUAUGGAUGUCCCACGGUUGCACUAGGGAUGGAUCAUGACGGUUCACCUCAGAAGGUUGGAACAGUUAAAACUUCCGUAGCCCCUCAAGAAAUACCCAGGGAGGAUGACGGAUAACCACGGAGGGUUCAAAAUUUUAAACCGUGGAUAUCUGUAGCUCCAAACUGUGAACGUGUGACUGGGGCUUAACUUUGGCUUGGCCCAUUUUGGCCACAUGCACCUGUUGUUGUUACCUGUUGCUUGCAUUCACAUGCAAAUAAUGCACAUACAUACAUUUGCUAAAUUCGCUUUGAUUUUUCACUGCUUUCCUGUUUAUUUUUCCAAAUUGCUUUGCCUUUUGAAGGACUUUAUAAUACGUAUUUAAUACACUCAGAAGAGGCUAAAACCUGCAGAUUAUAUUUCUAAACUGUUUAUUUUUAUAUAUACAGGUAGGCCUACUAUAUUGAAAUCUUUAAAAAAAGAUUUUGCUCAUUUAUUUUACUAAAUUGCUUUAUUUGUCAGUUGCAUUGAGAGCUUAAUACACAGGAGAUGUGUAUUUAAAGCUAUAGUCCAUCAUUUGCAGCCAUCCGAAAAGUAACUGGCGUAAUUAUUGUUGAAAAACAAACUU